AUGCCUGCAAUCGUAGGAAGCUUAUUGGAGCGGGAAGUCCAGAAGCUCGGCGCGCAGAAGAUUGCGGCUGAUGUCCCUGUGGGCAGCCUGGAAGAUCAGGAUAUUGAAGAGAGCCCGGAGAGCAGCAGUACUGUAGCUCCAUGGCCAUCGAAGACCCCUGCAAGUGUAGAAGCGGAGGCUGAAGAGGAGGGUAAAGAGGAGGGAACUGGGAUUCAUGGUGGUCAGAUUAUACUAGAGCCAGAUCCUGACACGUCAGAAAGCACACUGGGACACCAAUUUGGACGGUUGGUCAUCAACAGAAGUAGUGGGACAAGCCGGUAUGUGAACCAUCGGGUUCUGACAGAUCUGGGAGAUCAGAUCAAGGAACUUCGUGAUGCUUUCAAGGCUCCAUCAUCGCCGACACCAUCGUCCGAGGAAGAAUAUCCUUCAUCUCCAGGCUCUACUGCGGCAUACUCGGAAACACAUAGCCCUUUCAUAUUCGGUUACCGUUCUUCGGUUUCUUCGUUACACGAAUACCGUCCAUCACCCACCCUAAGCCAAUUACUUUUGAAUGUCUUCGAAGAGAACAUAGCACCCAUAAUCAUGAUUAUUCACAAGCCAGCGUUAAGGAGUCUUAUCCAAGCAUCAUGGGAAAAUCCGGAGGAGCUUGAUAGGAGCUCAGAGGCAUUGAUUUUUUCUGUGUACUUCGCUGCAGUUUCGAGCAUGACACCAGAAGAAUGCCUCAUCCAGUUAGGGGAGGAUCACGCUAUUGUGGUCAAGCGAUACCGCUUCGCCGUUGAGCAAGCACUAGCACGUGCAGGCUUCUUCCACACCCACAAACUUCUUGUGUUGCAAGCAGCCGUCCUCUUCUUGACCUGUGCUUGUAAUCCAGAAGACACUCAAUUCGUGUGGACCAUGAUAGCCGUGGUUACCCGGCUUGGGCUUGGUCUAGGGCUACAUCGCGACGGCACCCACUUUGGCCUCAGUCCCUACGAAACCGAAAUGCGGCGCCGAGUCUGGUGGUACAUUUAUCUAUUGGAUGUUCAAACAUGCGAGCUCGAAGCAACGAGUCCCCAGAUUCGGGAAGGGGACUAUGAUACGCGAUUGCCGUUAAAUAUAAACGACAACGACCUGUCUCCGCAUUCGGUGGAAACUCCGCCAGAACGCAUCGGCUUUACGCAGAUGACACUGACCCUGGUCCGCUGCGAGAUCCUAAUCUCCCGCCGCAAAUCUAUGCAAAUGACAUGCCCAGGGCCUAAUGGCCCGAAUAUCUUGUUUAAGAACCGCAAUCUCGCAAUAGAGAAGUCUAAGCGGCUCCUUGAGGAACGAUAUCUCCAAUUUUGUGACCUCAGCAUCCCUAUCCAUUGGGUCGUAGCAACAAUUGCACGAGUUGCACUUGCACGGCUAUGGCUGGUUUCCCAUUUCUCACUUUUAACCGCGCAAGGCUUUGAAGCAAAUAACUGGCCUGAGCGAUGCGAGGUUCUUAUCUUAACGGCCAUCGAGGUCCUCGAGUUCGUCUAUUUGCUUGAGACAAAUGUGAACACCGCCAAAUGGUCCUGGCUGUUCCAGGGGUAUGUUCAAUGGCAAGCAUUUGCUUUUGUUCUAUCGGAGCUCUGUGUGCGCCCGGGCUCCUCGUUCUCUGAUCGUGCGUGGACGGCUGUAGACCGGGUGUGGGAGCGGUGGAAUAAGAUACGGACUCAUAAAGAUUGGUUGAUCAUGCGACCACUCGAACGUCUGAUGAAACGGGCUUCUGCUACCCGGACUCGUCAGCUAAUUGGGUCGGAGCUGGCUCCUCCCAUUGAGUCCAACCUGACCGACAUGGAACUCGCGGACUCAGCAAUGAUGGACCAAUUAGAUGACUUACCUGGGGAUCUGAUGGCUGUGGAUGCUGCAUCUUUGGACCUUUUCAGGGACGUGAUGACAAAUUUGGGUCUAUAA